GUUUUCCUCGUCGGAGGCUCUGGAACCGUCGCGGGUCUUUGGAAAGGAAAGGGGAACGGAAGAGGAGGUGACAGCGCGCGGGCCCGCGGAGUGCAUGGUGCUCGGCGCCUCGGCUGCGGGUCGGGAGGACCUCGGGGCGGGGUCGGGCUGAGCCCAGCUCCUUCUCUGCUCAGCCUCGCCAGAAGUCGCCCGCCCAGACUGCCGCGGGGUCACCGCUCUUCAGCUCGCCAUGUCCCGCCUGCUGCCGCUGCUGAGGGGCCGGACCGCGCGCAGCCUGCGGUCGGGCCCGGCCGCCUCGCCCCACCCGCUGUCCUGGUGCUGCUGCGGGCGGGGGCUGCUGGCGCUCGCGGCCCCCGCCGGGCCCCGGCUGCUGGGCACCCACCCCAAGAAGGAGCCCAUGGAGGCGCUAAACACGGCGCAGGGCGCGCGCGAUUUCAUCUACAGCCUGCACUCCACCGAAAGGAGCUGCCUGCUCAAGGAGCUGCACCGCUUCGAGUCUAUUGCCAUCGCCCAAGAAAAAUUGGAAGCUCCACCACCCACCCCAGGACAGCUGAGAUAUGUAUUCAUCCACAAUGCGAUACCUUUCAUAGGGUUUGGCUUUUUGGAUAAUGCAAUUAUGAUUGUUGCAGGAACCCAAAUUGAGCUGUCUAUUGGAAUUAUUUUCGGGAUUUCUACUAUGGCAGCUGCUGCUUUGGGAAAUCUCGUGUCAGAUUUAGCUGGACUUGGACUUGCAGGUUAUGUCGAAGCGUUGGCUUCCAGGUUAGGCCUGUCAAUUCCUGAUCUCACACCAAAGCAAGUUGAUAUGUGGCAAACACGUGUUAGUACACAUUUGGGCAAAGCUGUUGGGGUGACUAUUGGCUGCAUUCUAGGAAUGUUUCCUUUGAUUUUCUUUGGAGGAGAAGAAGAUGAAAAACUGGAAAAGAAAAAUUAAUCCUCUUAGAAUACCUAUAAAAACAUGUAAACUAAUGUACCUCAGUUAUUAAAAUAUGCUGUCUCAACAUUUAGGAAUUAAGACAGUAACAGUGUAUAGAUAUGGGAUCAAAUAACUCAGCAUGUAUUAUGGAAAACACUAACUUAUUGUGGCUUGAUCUUCUCGGGACAUCUUUUUUAAACAAAUGUUUGGUAUCAUUUUGUGUAAAUUGUUGAAAUGCUUUUUCAUCAGUGGCAGUCAACAUUUUAUUUUUUCUUUCUCUUUAUAUAUCAAUAUAUUAUUUAAGUAUUGGUCAUUCAUGUACUGUACUGACUUAGGGUUUGCUUAUUUGUUACCUAAUAUGUGUAUAUGCAUGAAAGCAAUUUUGUUUUUGCUAUUGUUAUUCCCUGAUGAUUACAAUUCAACCUGGGGAUUGUUCCAAAUUCCUGAAGAUAUUUAAGAUUUUCUUACUCUCUUUUAGACAUCAAUUUUGUACUGUUUCACAGUAAACAUUUACAAUCAUAU